AUGUCACAUGGUCAGCCAUGCUGAUGUUUUAAUGCUCCAUAUUCUAACGGGUUGAGUUCGAGAAGGAUGCCAACACCUCAUCCUAAAUCUAAUAGAUGGCUGUAGUUUGUGACAUAAACCAGAUAAGUUGCUCUUAUCGAAAAUCGUAAUUAAUGAACAUCGGGAGGGAGGAGAUGCGUAAACCAAUCCGGCUCAUCGCGGCGGCCUGCAGUGACAUGGGCAUAGGAAAGAACGGACAGCUUCCCUGGAGUCUUCCAAAAGAAUUUCAGUUCUUUUUGGAUACAAUUACAGCUGUGUCAGCGCCUGGAAAAAAGAAUCUGCUUGUAUGGGGCCGAAUCUCCUGGAUCUCCUGUCCUGAAACAGUCUUCCCUUUGGCCAACUGCUUAAAUUUGGUAUUGAGCAGGAAGUUGAGUGCAGUGCCUCUACGUGCCCACUAUCUGUGUAAGGAUUUCGGGUCAGUAAUUGACCUGGCUUCUGAGCCUCCUUUAUGUCACAUUGUGGAGACCAUCUGGGUUUUAGGAGGUCCAAAGGUAUAUAAGGAAAGUCUUGAGCAUCCAUGGUGUGAUCUCAUCUAUCUCACCGACAUCAUGGCCGAUUUUGACUGCAAUGUCUUUUUCCCAAAAUUUGACCGCAAUGUUUUCAGAAAGCAAAAGGGCUUUCCUGGAGUACCAGAUGAAAUUCAUGAAGAAAAUGGUAUUAAAUUUCAAUUUCAAGUAUUCAAGAAAGAAUCUUAAAACUGAAGCCACGAGGAGACAAGACUGUCAAAAAAUGAUGAAAACUAGAAUCGUUUUAUGUUUACUUAGUCUGAAACUAUGGAGCCCCUAAGGGGGCAUGCAGUGUCGCGUGAACACCGAAUUUGCCUCUUGCCUCUUGCCUCUGUGUGUGUGUGCACGCACUUUGUAUGGGUUAAAUGCAGAGCACGAAUUCUGAGUAUGGGCCAUACUUGGCUGAAUGUCACGUCACUUUUUUUGUUUUUUGUUUUCUUAAAGUGACCGCACCUAAUUUACUAUAUGCUGUUGGUGUCAUUAAAGGUAAAAUGUAUAAGAUUGUUUUUAUUAAAAUAUCAAAAACCACUAAAACAGUUUUAUAUAUUUUGCUUACAUGUUUUUUCUUUAAUUGCUAAUGCUUGGAAAUUUUUCAACAUUGAUAGUUGUGUAAAUAUUGUCAUACUAUCAGUUAUCUGAAUUUUAGGUUGAUUGUAAUCCAUUUCAUACCUUUCUAUCAAGUCAAACAGUAUCAAGAUGAAUUUGUUCUGACACAGUUUAACUGAGUUCUUGUCAUAUUUUAUUACCAAUUUCUAAACUAAAGCAAAUAAACUGUGAAAAUGUGAGAAAUGCUGAGGGUGUCUGAAUACAGUUUGG